AUGCGGCAGAACCCUGCUAACGCUGUAGUGGUCACUGGUCACACUCGUGGGCAUGUAUGUAUGUGGACGCCUAAUAUCAAGGAACCAGCAUUGAAGAUGCUGGCACACUUCGGACAGGUGACCGCUCUGGAUGUCACUAGUGAUGGGAAAUAUCUGGUCACUUGUGGAACUGACAGUAAAUGGAAAGUAUAUGACCUUCGAAAGCCAUCGGAAGAAUUGCAGCGUUGUAGUUUCUCUGGACGGGCUCCGACGUCUAUGGACAUCUCUUUCGGCGAUGCCGACUUGGCAUUUGGUUUCGGCUCAAACGUUUCGGUCUUCCGAGGAGCAGAUGUCUUUAGGAGUGGCAAGGCACCCAGUACUUACUUGAAGAACAACUACAGCGGUCAGCAAGUGUCUAGUGUCCGAUUCGUCCCGUAUGAAGAUCUGUUGCUUGUGGGCACCAGUGGUGGUUUCAAUACUAUGCUGGUGCCGGGCGCUGGUUACACACAGUUCGACUCCUAUGUGGCUAAUCCUUUCGAGACUACUAAGCAGCGCCGCGAGACUCAGGUGAGGAGCUUGCUGGAGAAGCUGCAGCCUGAUAUGAUCGCUCUUGAUGCGAACUUCAUUGGCCGAGUGCAACCCCCGAAGAAGAUUCCCGCUAAGCCACUGCUUGAUAGUGAUGAGAGCGAGGUUGAGGAGGAGUCCUUUGCGGCCAAGCAUAAAAUGCGGGGGAAAUCCAAAGCUGGCAAGCGUCAGCAACGGAUGAACAAAAUGCGAGGGGAAGCGGAGCGCAAGAGGCGGGCGAGAAGAGCCGGUGAAAGCAAGGUGGAUGUGGCGGAGAAAAGCCUCGAGUCGGCCAGGGCAGAGCAUGGGGCUCUAGCCCGGUUUUACGUAAACAAGACUGAUUAG